UUCUUCUCUCUCUCGUAACAACAACAAAAAAAAACCCUAGUUUCUCUCUCCUUUCACCGAUUUUUUUUUUUCUCCUUCCGAUGCUUGUGCUCGCAUAGCCAAAUUCGCAGAUCUGGUAAUUCCGAUGGAUAAUACUACUGCUUCCUCCUCAAGGGAGCGAGCCAAGUCCUUAUUUGACAAGACUAUUGAGUUAGAAAACAAGCGUUGGAAGGCUGUUCAGGAUCGAAAUCCAUUUGACCUUAAUUUGUGGCAUCAAAUUCGUGAGAAUUACGAAGCAAUACUUUUUGAAGAUCAUGCCUUUUCCGAGCAGCACAACAUUGAACUUAUACUGUGGCAGCUGCAUUACAAACGGAUUGAAAAUUGUAGAGGACACAUCAAUGCUUUCUUGAGUUCUAGUAGCUCGAGCGCGGCACACAAUGUUAAGGGUCCUUCUAGACUCGAUCAACUUGCAAAACUGAAGCUGCAGUUCAGGACAUUACUUUCAGAAGCAACUGGGUUUUACCAUGAUUUGAUCUCAAAAAUUAGAUCCAAGUAUGGCCUUCCCUUGGGUUAUUUUUCUGAGGAUCAAGCGAGUCAAAACAUGGCUGAUAAAGAUGGAAAGAAGUUAGCAGAAGUUAAAAAAGGCUUGGUAUCUUGUCAUCGUUGCUUAAUAUACCUUGGUGAUCUGGCUCGGUAUAAAGGAUUGUAUGGGGAGGGGGAUUCCAAGAACAGAGAGUAUGCUGCUGCUUCAAGUUACUAUUUGCAAGCAGCUUCUCUAUGGCCAGGCAGUGGAAACCCACAUCAUCAGCUUGCUAUCAUUGCUUCUUAUUCGUCGGAUGAGUUUGCAUUAACAUAUCGUUACUUCCGGAGUUUGGCUGUGGAGAGUCCUUUCCCAACUGCCCGUGAUAACUUGAUUGUUGCUUUUGAAAAGAAUCGUCAGAUUUAUGCCCAAUUGUUUGUGGCUUCCAAAGACACAUCUAAGAAGCCGAUUGGUAAAGGAAGAGGUAAAGGAAGAGGUAAAGGUGAAGAUACUUCAUCGAAAGAUGCGAACUUGGUAGCUGGUCCUGAGAAGGAUAAAGUAACUAGUGCAAAGGACAUGCUGAAAGCAUUCUGCAUUAGAUUUGUUCGUCUCAACGGGAUACUUUUUACCCGAACAAGCCUGGAGACGUUCUUAGAUGUGCUUACCUCUACUAGCAGCAGUUUACGAGAGGUAAUUUCUUCUGGCUCAAUGGAAGAGCUGAGUUUGGGAAUAGACACCAGUGACAGCGCACUUUUCAUUGUCAGACUCGUGGCAAUCAUGAUAUUUAGCGUCCAUAACUCAAAGAAAGAGACGGAAGGUCAGUCGUAUGCAGAAAUUGUACAGCGUGUGGAGCCUGCCAGAAACUCUUUAACAGCUAGUUUUGAGUUGCUUGGACAUAUAGUAGAGCAGUGUGUGCAACUGCGUGAUCCUUCAGCAAGUUACUUCCUUCCAGGGGUCUUAGUUUUUGUUGAAUGGUUGGCCUGCUGUCCUGACAUUGCUCUAGGAAGUGAUCCGGACGACAGACAAACUACUGUAAGAAAUAGAUUUUGGAACCAGUGUGUUACCUUCUUCAAUCAGAUCUUGUCUCUUGGACCUCUGUUUAUUGAUGAUGUUGAAGACGAGACUUGCUUUUCAAACAUGAGCUUGUAUGAUGAGAGAGAAACUGAAAAUCGACUUGCACUAUGGGAGGACUAUGAACUAAGAGGAUUUUUGCCACUGCUUCCAGCUCAGACUAUUCUCGACUUCUCACGGAAACAUUCCUUUGGAACUGAAGGUCCCAAGGAAAAGAAAGCUCGUAUAAAGAGGAUCCUAGCAGCAGGAAAAGCUUUGACCAGUGUGAUCAAAGUUGAUCAAAAUCAUGUGUAUUAUGAUUCUAAGAAGAAGAAGUUUCUUGUUGGUGUAAAACCGUCAGAUGACUUGCUGGAUUCUCAUUCAAGCCCACCUAAAGCUGAUGCUUUGCAAGAUAACCAAGUAAUGGUGAAGCAUAACUCACCAGUGAUGCAGCAAGAUCAACAGAUUUGUAUGGGUGAGGAGGAUGAUGAUGAAGUAAUUGUUUUCAAGCCUCUAGUUACUGAAAAGAGGAAAGAGGCUUCUGACCAAAUAUAUGUUUCUAAUGGAGGCUUUAGGAAACCUGAUCAAGUUGCCACUACGGAGAACUUAAAACCUUUGAGUGGUGUGGAUUCAGCUUUUCAUGAAAAUCAAUUUCUGCAAGCUAGAGGUAAUGCGAGUAUUCAAGUGCCUGCAUCUAUUGGUUCCAACCUUUUGGGACUCCUUCAGGCGUCAACCCAGUCUCAGGCUUCGCAUUUGCAACAAGUUCAGACACAGGCAGUGAAUCCUCAGUCAGCCCAAUCCUUAGCUGCUGCACGACUUCAGCCAAUUCAAUCACAGGUCGCACAACUUCAACCACUGCCAUCACGGGUUGUGCACUUUCAACAAACUCAAGCUCCGCUUUCACAUGUUUCAUUGGUCCAGUCACAAUCUGCUUCUCUUGGUGGUGGUACCAAGUGGUUACCAGAAGAAGCUGCUUCUCUUGCUAGUAGCCAAUCUAGUUUUGCUCAGAUGGGUAAUGGUCAUGUGAUGAGAAAUGAGAUACAAGGAAAUCAUGGGGUUUCCUAUCACCCUGCACACUCAUUACCGGUCUACCAGUCCUACAAUGUCAAUGGUAUGGGUGGUAUGCCAUCUCAGUCACGAACUUCUGAAGCUGUGUUUCCACCCAAAAGUGAUACUGUUUCGUCAUCUGGAGUUAUUGCUGAUGGUCUGGGCGUCCAAUCUUCAAUAGCAAGAAAAAAUCCAAUCAGUAGAGCCUUUAGGCAUCUUGGCCCUCCGCCUGGGUUUAACACUGUCCCCUCUAAGCUGCAGAAGGAGCCAGUACCUGGUUCUGACUUGUCUGGCAACAAUCUAGCGGUUGAUGAUUACAGAUGGUUGGAUGGAUACGAAACUCAAUCUUCUCGAGGCGCUGGACUCAACAGUUCUUUGAAUUAUGCUUCUAAAUCGGAACAAAUGGGUACCAGCAAUGGAAUGAACGGGGCUGCUAAUUUCCCGUUCCCUGGGAAACAAAUUCCAACAUCACAGGUCCAAGCAGAUCUUCCUUAUUUUCAGAACCCUCAGAAAGACAGCUUUGUGAACCAAAAUCAUCAAUCAGCCCAACUCCCUGAGCAAUAUCAAGGACAGUCGACUUGGUCGAGUCGUCACUUUGUGUGAGAUCGGAAUGGAAGAGUAACACGGUUAGUGUUGUUCUGUUGAAGUCUCUAGUUGGAGUCUUUGUGGCCUUGGCUUCUUGUGGGGCGCUUCCUACCUGACAGAUUCAGGACUCAGCUUAUGUUGGUGAAAGAGAUGUGUGGUUACAAGAAAGAAUGUAUGGUUCUGUGGAAAUGAUAGGAGUAAAGUGCCUUUCUCGUGCUACUUGAGGUGGAGAUGUUAGACCUUAUGAAUAAGAAAGGAAACGUACCUUGUGGCUCGCUCUCGAUAUCUGAAGCAGUUGAUGGCUGUUUUGCCCUGUUAAUCCUUUUUUUUUUCUUUUGUCUUUCUUUUGGCAUAUGAAUGUUGUUAGCUGUCCGUCCUCUUGCAGCUAUCUUUCUCUCUUGGAUUGUUUUGCUUUGCUUUUCCUGAACUUGGUUCUUUGUCUUUCUCAAACUUCUCUCUGUUUUGCUGUGUCAGUUUUAAGUUGAACCAUCAUCAUAAGGUGUGCGAGACCUUUGCAAUUGGUAAUGAAUAAAAAGGGACAUGUGUUGAAUGAAACAUGAUUUGUUUUUGAAAACA